UCAGCACAAAUUGAAGUGAUACCAUGCAAAAUUUGUGGCGAUAAAUCCUCCGGGAUCCACUACGGAGUCAUCACGUGUGAAGGCUGCAAGGGGUUCUUUAGGAGGAGCCAGCAGAACAAUGCCUCCUAUUCCUGCCCUAGGCAGAGAAACUGUUUAAUUGACAGGACCAACCGAAACCGUUGCCAACACUGCAGACUGCAGAAGUGUCUUGCCCUAGGAAUGUCGAGAGAUGCGGUGAAGUUUGGUAGGAUGUCCAAGAAGCAAAGGGACAGCCUGUAUGCGGAGGUGCAGAAGCACCAGCAGCGGCUGCAGGAGCAGAGGCAGCAGCAGAGCGGGGAGGCAGAGGCCCUCGCCAGGGUCUACAGCAACAGCAUCAGCAAUGGCCUGAGCAACCUGAGCAACGAGACCAGCGGCACUUACGCCAACGGGCACGUCAUUGACCUGCCCAAAUCUGAGGGGUACUACAGCGUGGAUUCUGGCCAGCCAUCCCCCGAUCAGUCAGGACUUGACAUGACUGGGAUCAAACAGAUAAAGCAGGAACCUAUCUAUGAUCUCACAACGGUACCCAACUUGUUUACCUAUAGCCCCUUCAACAGCGGGCAGUUAGCACCAGGCAUAACCAUGAGUGAAAUCGACCGGAUUGCACAGAACAUCAUUAAGUCCCACUUGGAGACGUGUCAGUACACCAUGGACGAGCUGCACCAGUUGGCGUGGCAGACCCACACCUAUGAAGAAAUCAAAGCGUAUCAAAGCAAGUCCAGGGAAGCGCUGUGGCAGCAGUGUGCCGUCCAGAUCACACACGCCAUCCAGUACGUGGUGGAGUUCGCAAAGCGGAUAACGGGCUUCAUGGAGCUCUGUCAGAACGACCAGAUUCUCCUUCUGAAGUCAGGUUGCUUGGAAGUGGUUUUGGUGAGAAUGUGCCGUGCCUUCAACCCAUUAAACAACACUGUUCUGUUUGAAGGAAAAUAUGGAGGAAUGCAGAUGUUCAAAGCCUUAGGUUCUGAUGACCUAGUGAAUGAAGCAUUUGACUUUGCAAAGAAUUUGUGUUCCUUGCAGCUGACGGAGGAGGAGAUUGCUUUGUUCUCAUCUGCUGUUCUGAUAUCUCCAGACCGAGCCUGGCUGAUAGAACCGAGGAAGGUCCAGAAGCUUCAGGAAAAAAUUUAUUUUGCACUUCAACACGUGAUUCAGAAGAAUCACCUGGAUGAUGAGACACUGGCAAAGUUAAUAGCCAAGAUACCAACCAUCACGGCCGUGUGCAACUUGCACGGGGAGAAGCUGCAGGUAUUUAAGCAAUCUCAUCCAGACAUAGUGAAUACAUUGUUUCCUCCGUUAUACAAGGAGCUCUUUAAUCCUGACUGUGCCACUGUCUGCAAAUGAAGGAGAAGAGAGAACUGUCUCAUAGGUAUGGAAUGCAUCACCAUUAAGGCAAAGCAAUGUGUUCACGAAGACUUAAGGAAAAUGUCACUACUGCAACAUUAGGAAUGUCCUGCACUUAAUAGAAUUAUUUUUCACCGCUACAGUUUGAAGAAUGUAAAUAUGCACCUGAGUGGGGCUCUUUUGUUUGUUCGUUUGUUUGUUUUGAAAUGACCAUAAAUAUACAAAUAUAGGACACUGGGUGUUAUCUUUUUUUAAUUUUAUUCGGGUAUGUUUUGGAGACAACUGUUUAUAGAGUUUUAUUGUAGAUAUAUACAAGAACAGAGCGGUACUUUACAUGAUUACUUUUCCUGUUGAUUGUUCAAAUAUAAUUUAAGAAAAUUCUACUUAAUAGGCUUACCUAUUUCUAUGUUUUUAGAUAGUUGAUGCAUGUUUAAAUUUGUAGCUGUCUUAGAAACUACUGUGCACGUAUGUAAUAAGUAUAUAAUAUAUGAGAAUAUUAUAUAUGACUAUUACUUAUACAUGCACAUGCACUGUGGCUUAAAAUACCAUUCCUACUAGCAGUGGAGGUUCAGUCAGGCUGUCUUAUACUAUUUCUGUGUUACAUGUUACUUUUAUGUUAGACAAUCAGGGUUUUGUUUUUCUAGCCCAAGUUUUCAUCCGAAGUCAAAGGGCACGAUGGUACCAAUUCAGAAAUCAUUCUACUGAGGAUUCAAUGUAACUAUGGCCUCUGUAUAAAAAUACUGUUUCUAUCAAUGAUAUCAAAGCCUUGUCAGGAUGGUAUAUACUGAGGGAGAAAAAAAGGAUUUGAAGCCAUUUUCCUGUUUUAAGAAUUUGGCUGCAGAUAGUAUUGUAAGAACCAGGACUUUUUUUGACCAAACAAUUAAAUAUUUUCUAUUUCUCACCAGAACAUAUUAAACACUUUUCUCUUUGGAUUUGGAUUUCCGAUUAUGAAAAACCCUUGACUUUGGUGCUUAUCUUUGUCAACCAAAAAUUAUAUUAUGACCACCAGCAUUUUUUCUAGUAAAAUUAGAGUAAAAAAGUAAAUCAGAACCCAGAAUCCCAAUGCCAUUUUAUGUAAAAAUUUUCUCUCUAACCAAGUUUUGGUAAAUAAGAGGCAGAAAUAGGACAUGCAAAGUAAAGAAAUAAUUUUUAUAUUUAUUUUCAUUAUACAUUUGUUAGAAAAAAUGUCAAUAAAGGUUGGGGAGGAGGACUGUGUAUGUUCUUCUAGUCUGGGGCCAAUAAUUGUUUUCAGUUCCAAAAUACUAUAUUACAAAAAAAUACAGCAAAAAAAUCAACAGACUGAAAAAUAAUACAUGUUUAUUCUGUGGAACUAAUACUCCCCAAUGCCACAACUAUUACCUAUGUUGUUUGAAAUUACAUCAUCCAUCCACUGUUAGAUUGUUUUUAGCAACUUGUAAAAGUACAGAAUGAACUGGUGACAUAAAAAUCAGAAAAUGUGGACUUUCUUAUAUAAGUUUUCCCUUCUCCACCAGCUCUCCAGUGAAUUAAAGCAUCAGAAAAGCAUAAAUUCCAAGGCCUAUGUUCUGCCUGUUUCCUGGAGGCUCAUGCCUUUGGUAUUAUCUGAUGCAAAGGAAGUUAGGGGAGAAGUUUGUGUAUAAAUUAUGUACUUGUGUCCCUGUAACCCAGCCUCCAGCUAAGCCUGCCAUUUUCUCUUUGUCAAACACCACACACACACACACACACACACACACACACACACACACACACCUGCUUUUUAAAUUUCAACCUUGAUUAUUUUUUUCAUAUCCUAUGCUCUCCUGAAGUUCAUGGUUGAGAGGCAGUUCCAAGAUGCCUCAGAACUCCUGAUUGAUGAUCAAAACAGUAGAAUUUAUCUUUCCUUUUACAAAACGGAGCCUUUACUCACCUCAUGAUUGAUGAAUUCCAAACCACUGGGGAAAAACAAAAAGGCUUUAAAAUAAUGAAUCUCUUUCUCAACCACUGUUAUAUUCAAUUAAUUUAACUACAUUGAACCAAAUUACCUUUGGUUCUAAGAAGACAGCUGUAGACUGCUUAUUAUGCUGCUACAGGGACUCAAUCCUUUUUGGUGUAAAUGUCACUCCUGCUAGCUCUUUGUAUAAAGAAUUAAUUCCAAGAGUCAUAUUUCCUUCUAAUGGAAAGAUUACUUUACUGAUUGCUAGGAAAACAGGGUAAUGGAAGGCACUCAAUUAAACCAAGCUGUUUCCAAAUGCAAUGUAUGUUUUAUGAUUGGCUUGUGAUAGGCGAUGCUUAAUGUGUCUACUUGGUGUUUCCCUUUGAGCUUUGAACUUAUGUCAAACUUUGUUUUCAUUGUUCUGCUGGCCUAGUGUUUCCCAUUGCCAGCCUGUAACUCCUGCUCAGUUGCUAAAGGGAAUCAUCUGUGGCCUCCAGUUUACCUUAGAGAUUUUAAAUUGGCUCAACUGAUGAAGGAGCAGAGAAUUUUUUUCCUUCCUUGUCCCAUGGGUAGUGUAGGAAAAAGAUUGUUCCCCACACUUGCCUUAGGAGGUACUGGCUUUGAAUUUGUCAUUUCCACUAGUGCAAGCAUUUCACUGCAUGAACCUUUUGAAGCUAGGGGACAGGAAACAGAGCUAGCAACUGAACCAGAGCAACACAGUGGAAACUACUAUGUUGCUCAGCCACUUCAGUUGAGCAAUUUCCAGCUUGGCUGCAGUUGCCAAAUUUUCCCUUAAAAGAGAUUCAAGUCAAGUUUUUAAAGGUUAACAAAGCCUUAAAAACUGCCCUUUGAGCAUCCCCUGUGACUACAUGUCAAGGUGUUUUAAAUUUUUAGUAAAAAUAAUUUUCUUUCUAGCACACAACCUCAGCACUUAAUUCCUUCCCUCUUCUGCAAACUAACAAAUGUUCACAACACAUUCAAGGAAAGAUGCACGCUGGAAGAAGGUGUCCACAUUCUUGUGUGUCUCGCUUCAUGCUUUGUAAAUGACAAUCACUGCUUAAUGCAGACGUUGCACUGUAUCUGCUCAGGGAUGUUUCAUUUUUUAAAAAAAGAUACAUCAAGAAGGAGGAAAAAACAGGAAAAUGACAACAAAAUGUAAAUGGCAUGAAUUAAUAUGCCAAUGAGAGAACCUCUCUGACAAGGCUUUCAGACUAGUGUCGUGAAUUCAUGUUGCAAACUGAAUCUACUUGCCUAAAAAUUAUACAUGCAUAAGAACAACUUAGUUUCAUUCUCUAAAAUUUGCUAAGAGCCAAAUAAUCUAGCUGCCCCAUUUCUAGAAAUAGACAUAUUUAACUCGCAGCAAACCCAAGUUUGAGUCCUGAGCAAGGAAAAUUCAGAAAUCUGACAAAUUCAAUGAACUUUACGAGGAAGUGGAGCUGUGUGACUUCACACAGGAAUAUACCUGUGCCCUGUGAAAAGAAGGACAAAUAUUGGAGGGAAAAUAGAGAAUAAAGGGACGCUCAAUCCAGUCUGACUUCCCAUAUAUAGCCCAGCUUUCUGUGACUUGGGUCAUUUUCUAUCCCUUUUUGUGUGAGUUUUUUAUUCCUGAAGUUAAAACCGAGCUUAGAAAUGUAGUUUAUAAAAACGUCCUUUCUGGAUUCCCCUUGUUUUAACACUGUCUUUGGAGCUCUGGCUUAAAGAACUUGUGAGUGAAAUAGAAAAUAUAAUGGCCUCUUGGAUAAUUAGGUGACUUUGGCAGAAUCUAAGAGACCCUGCAUUGUAACAAAGCCUGGAUAUUAGCAAGAGAUGCUAGGUAGAGAACAGAACAUGGCCAUCAUGGCUUGCUUUUUCAACACAUAGCUCUCUAGCAGUCAAGCUAAACGGUUUGGAGGAAACUAUGAAGCUAGAGAGCCAACUCUUUAUUCUCCGCAAUGCUAUUUGUACCAGGCUCGAACGCAAAAUCCAUUCUUGUGUCCCAAGGACAACCUAAAAUUUGCCAGUGUUUUCUUCAACAAACCAGCCAGAUACAAGUGUCAGCAUCAUUCUGUGGACUUUGCUUCUGUUUUUUAUAGAAGCAAGGGAAGUUUCUACUGCAUUUAAUAAUUAGAAUAAAUCGUUUCUUCCUGACUCUUGUUUUCCUCUAUAAACUUUUGUUUCCAAUGAAGUUACUACAAUGGGCAGUAAAUUCAGGCAAGGAUGUCUGUGCCCCAAGAGAAGCACCACUCAGUAGGACAGCAUUGCUUUGAAGUGUGCAUCUGCAGUGAGUGAGCCUUUCCCCAGUGCCCCUUUACAAAGGAGUGGGGAAAGUCUACAGUACGCUCUAGAUAAGGUGCUAUUUGAUGUUUUCCUUGCAAAUGCUAGUUCCAGUGGCAACUAGAGUAAAAGCUUGGUGGAGGAACCCACAGGGGUCUUUCAGGAAUGAGUUGACAACCUUUGGGAGGCGGGGUUAGUCUCAGGACCAGAGAUUUGUAUUCAUUGAAAGCUGAGGAGAAAAAUUCAAAAAAAAAAGUAAAAGGUCCAGGGAGUAGGUACAGAUCAGUGCAGCAGUGUGGUGGCAAGCUGGGGGAGAAAUGCCCCACCUGAAAUGGGACAUCGGCGCCUCGGCUGAAGCUGCAUUGCUGGAGUUUCUGAAUCUUAUAAAACCUCUCAAGUUGUAAGUGGUGGCAAAUGAUUCACAGCUUCACACAGACCAGACAAACUCAUCUCUGAACAGAAGAGCGGCCUGUGGACCACCAGCAUCCUGACCUCUGGUUUAAAUCAAAGAUCACAUUUAGGGUCCUGUUCAGCUGGAGCAAGUCUGGCCAGAGUCAACCAAGAAUGGCAUUAUUGGAAUUGUACUAAUGCUGAAGGGAAGGCACAGAGAUCUUUCCCUUCUGAAUCUCACUUUGGUUUCCAUAUUUAAU